ACAACAAGACGCGGCUAUUGAGGGGAUGCGGCAUCGAUACGCGGGAGCUGUCCAGCAGCACCAAUUCCCCGACGCAGAACAACGCAACGCUCAGAGCAAUCCAGCGAUUUCUCAAAAAGGAAAUUCGAGUUCAGUCGCACCCCUUUUCAGUUUGCCACCCCCUCCUCCAUCGCAGAGAGAACGAUCAACCACCUCCUAUCAUCAAAACCACCAUGACCUGCCUUGCCAGAAUCAGUCAGCUACGCAGGCUGUCCACGUCCGUCAGUUGCAGUACGGCAAGCCCCCGUAUUUGACAAGUCAGGAGAUUGUUCCACAACCUGCACGCCAAGGAUGCCCAUUUGAAACCAACCUUUCGCGGCCGCAGGAGACCUCUGAAGCCUCGGUGGCUUCAACGCAGACGGAGGUGUUCCUUAUCGAGAGCCGCCACUGCAGUUUUUCUACGGAGGCGAACCAUACUCAUCAGCGUGAAACCCACAUAUGCCCGCAGCCCUCCCCUUCUCACCUGCCGCCGCCUCUGUUUUCGCAGAAUCCUAGUACGACGAAGAAUUUUCAGUAUAGCGCUAAUUACCAGCGCGGAGACAUUGCGCAACAGAAAGCGGGGGUUUUUGAGCAGCGAGACCAAAAGCAAUUGUUGCAGCAACAGCAGUGCAGCGCUACAGGGCUUCAACAAAAUAACACAUCCUCACACUCAGUCACACAAAACUCAUGUCAAGGACAGAUUAAUGUGUUUGAGCCAACGGUGACGAAUCAGCGAUAUUUUGAAUCUCCGGCUCGCGACCUGCAGCAGCAACAGCCUCAAUUGCGCGCUCAACGACAAUUACUAGUAGGGAGCAGCCUGCCUAUCAACUAUUGCACCAAAGGCGCGGGAGAGCGGUGCAGAAAUAACCAAGCACCGCCACUGCAACAACAUUGGCAAGAGGACGUACGCGGACUGCAUAUCCACCCGCUCCCACAAAAUCCGCAAUCCAGUGGCCAUGAGACUGAUGAACUAGACGAGAAAGUCAGCAAACGACAGCGGCAACAGUACCAGAUACCUAAACAUGAACGUCGACUGGUGAGAAACUCGUCUGAAACCAGUAGCAGCAACAGCAGCCCACCAUACGGAUCUAGCAACCAAUUGUGGCCAGAGAGUCGUUACCAAGAAGAGCGAAGGAGUCGAUCAGAGAAACAAAAGGUCAAUGCUGAGAGAACGACGCUGAGCCAUGCUGGAUCCAAGCCCUCAGUCUCCGCGAGCAGCCACUCGUUGCCUAAGAUAGCCAUGAACAGCUGCAAGUACAAUGGGGGCGUGGUGAGACCACUGGGCAGCCUGGCGUCGUCACGACGCAACCUGGAGGAACACGACUCGGAGACCCAGCCGCUGCAGACGCUGCACAGCUCUGGCCUGGAGGUGGUGGUCUCCAAGGGCAAUGGCGAGGACCGCAGCAAGGCGUCCAACGAGAGCCUGGUCAGAGAGGGCGGCGGGAACGCGCCGCAAAAGAAAAACAAGGACAUUGGCUACAAGCUUGGCCACCGCAGGGCCCUGUUUGAGAAGCGCAAGCGGCUCAGUGACUACGCCUUGAUAUUUGGCAUGUUUGGGAUUGUUGUCAUGGUCACAGAGACUGAACUAUCUUGGGGGGUUUAUACUAAGGAAUCCUCAUAUUCAUUUGCACUGAAAUGCCUUAUCAGCCUCUCCACUGUUAUUUUGCUUGGUCUUAUUAUAAUGUACCAUGCCCGGGAAAUCCAGCUCUUCAUGGUGGACAACGGUGCAGACGACUGGAGGAUCGCCAUGACGUACGAGCGCAUCUUCUUCAUCGUGCUGGAGCUGCUAGUCUGCGCCAUCCACCCCAUCCCGGGCCAGUACGUCUUCACGUGGACGGCGCGCCUGGCCUUCACCUACGUGCCCUCGGUGGCUGACGCCGACGUGGACAUCAUCCUGUCCAUCCCCAUGUUCCUGCGCCUCUACCUGAUCGGCCGCGUCAUGCUGCUGCACAGCAAGCUGUUCACGGACGCCUCGUCGCGCAGCAUCGGCGCGCUCAACAAGAUCAACUUCAACACGCGCUUCGUCAUGAAGACGCUCAUGACCAUCUGCCCCGGCACCGUGCUGCUGGUCUUCAGCAUCUCCUCCUGGAUCAUCGCCGCCUGGACGGUGCGCGUCUGCGAGAGGUACCACGACAAACAGGAAGUGACCAGUAACUUCCUGGGGGCGAUGUGGCUAAUCUCUAUAACUUUCCUCUCUAUUGGCUAUGGAGACAUGGUUCCACACACGUACUGUGGCAAGGGCGUGUGUCUGCUGACGGGAAUCAUGGGAGCUGGUUGCACUGCACUAGUGGUUGCUGUGGUAGCCAGGAAAUUGGAACUCACCAAGGCUGAGAAACAUGUCCACAACUUCAUGAUGGAUACACAGCUCUGUAAACGAGUUAAGAACACAGCUGCCAAUGUACUCAGGGAAACAUGGCUCAUCUACAAACACACAAAGUUAGUCAAGAAGAUUGAUCACGCCAAAGUGCGCAAACACCAGCGCAAGUUUCUACAGGCCAUCCAUCAAGCUCAGAAGCUUCGCAGUGUGAAGAUGGAGCAGAGGAAGCUCAAUGACCAGGCAAACACCCUGGUGGACCUGGCUAAGACCCAAAAUGUGAUGUACGACCUGGUGUCGGAGCUGCAGGAGCGCAGCGAGGAGCUGGACAAGCGCAUCGGCACGCUGGAGGACAAGCUGGACUCGGUGACGGGCACCCUCCAGGCCCUGCCCUGUCUCAUCUCGCAAGCCAUAACCCAGCAGCAGCAGGACCUCCUCGACGGCUUCAUGCACCGCUACCGACCUGGCUCGCUGGGCUCAGAGCGCUCGUGGACCCCCUCGCGGCGCCGGCGGUCCCCCUCUACGGUGCCGCACACCUCCUCUGACAGUGGCUAGCUGACCCUGGGGCGGGCGCUGGCACUCACGCUGGCACAGGUGGACCGGACAUUAACGCUGCUGCAGCUCCAGCACAGACGCUCUUUUCGCAAGCAGACACAGCUAGCGACAACUGAGAACCGACAUCAAGAGACCUAACCCAAUCAUUAAAAAAUAGUAGAUUUAUGGUUUAUGUUUUGGCCAUUGUAUGGCUGUUCAAGUUAGCUUUUUUGUAAAGAGAGAGAAUGAAAUGGCAGGAGGUGGAAGAAGUACAUGCCAUUACUAUUGCAUAGGAUAUUUUACACAACAUGCCAAGUUUAAGGAUUCUGUUCCCUUGUUCUUUUAAAGGGAAAAUGGGGAUGCGACUAACUUUUUUUAGUUAUAUAUUGGCAUGUUACUUUUUAGUGCCUGAAUGUAUAAAUUGUGGAGGGUUGUUAAUUUACACAUUUUGGAGCGGGUUUUUUGUACACUGUUGAUACAAGCAUUGCAUUCCUUUUUCAGAUACAUUCCUCUUCAGAGAACGCUGUCUUAAUAUGAUGUUUACCAUUACCUCCAUUAUGCAGUUUACUCUAUGUUUAAAAUAUUUUCUAUGUUUACUAACUGAAAGGCAAGAAAGUGAGACCAACAGAAAGAGAAAGUGAAAGGCAGAUUAUGAACAAGGUAGAAUAGAAAGAAAGAAAGAAAGAAAGAAAGAAAGAUAAAUAAAUAUACAAGGGUAAAUGGAGAAAGGAAGGAAGGCCAUACAAAUGUAAAGUUAAUUAUCAUCCGAUUUAACCUGAAACCUCAUUGUCACAAAUCAGAGCUUCCACAGGUCUUUGCAUUAUGGCAAGGCUGCUUAUUGUAGGCUAUGGGAGUGCUCUUGGCUAUGGUAGGCACAGAAAAACCUAGCCCCAAUGCAUGUAUCAGUGCAUCUUUGUGGUGAAUGGCUACUUGAUGGUUUUGGGGAUAUGUUGUGUUAAUUCUAUUGGUUUUUUUCUUUUUGCUUUUAUACCAGGAUGUUUUUAUAAGUUUAGAUUUGCAGAUAUCCUGAUUAGAGGUGCAAUACUGUGAGACCUAGCGAUGCACCCUUAUGAUGACAUCACUGGCUUUGUAAGAGACAAUGGAUGCGUGCUAGCUACAAAGAUCACAUCGCUGAAUGCUUCUGCAAAAGGAUAAACAAGAGGUCUGUGAAGGACAUUGCCCUCUUCUCUAUCCCUUGUUUUGAUAUUGAUUGCUUUAAAUGUGGAGGUACUCUAUUUAACUUUCAGGGUUUAACUUUUUGGAUAACUCAUGGUUUUUAGUUUAGUCAUCUUAGGGCAAUAUUUAAUCGUUUUUUGUUUUGUUUUUUAAAGCCUUGUUAACGUCUAUUGCUUAUUUUUGCUGCUUUUGCAGAUUAACACAAAGUUAGCUAUGGAGAAUGAAUUACAGGGAUGUCAGUACAAUUAUUUGAGCAUUUUUUAUGGCAUUCACAGGGUAAGAGGUCUCAUGGCAAUGUCCACAAAUUUACAACAGCCUUGGGUGUACAUCAAAGUAUUCAUUUUAAGUUCCCAUAAAAAAAAGCAACUAUCAGUUUCAGUAGAGUUAUGUCAAAUUAUGCAUAUAUGCAUACACCAAAACAGAACUAUACUUCAACAACAUUGGAAAGCACAUGUGCAAAGAUGCACAAAUUCCUACAAAUCUUAAAUGUAAUGUUCAGCUUUAAAGACAUUUGAAGAUAUCCUCAUGCAGGCUCCUCCCAGUAGGCCCAGGUACUAUGAAUUGCAUUACUCCUCUGAUUUGACUUCAAAUCUCUGUUCUUCCCCUCUUGUUAAUAACAUGAAUAGCAAGCACACUUUGGAAAGGAUGUGGGAAUCUCGGAUCAAUCAAAUGGCACACAAUCAAGUGCCGUGUAGGGCAACGUGCUCACGCCAUUUGCACCAAACCCCCACGUUUCCACUCUAGUGUCUUAGUUUUACAGUCACCGAUUCCAGUAUGGUGACCCAAAUGUAAGUAGUACAAGGCCCAUCCGAGGGGACCCUCAGAAGACAAUGAGUAAUUUCACAAGUGAUCCAGAGUGAGUGGAUAGAGAGAUCCAAGUGGCUGGCGUGUAGUGAGGCAUACUCUAUUUUUAUCUGUAGAAUGACCAUCUUUGUGACCUUCCUAUAAAUGAAAUAGAUUCUGUAGAGGAAAUGGUUUUGUAUGUCCCCAGGGUAAAUGUACAUAGCCACAUGGGUGCUUGUGGUGGGGUCUCAUGUCUUAAGUCCUGUGAUUUUGUACGUGCAGGAAGAGGUUGCCCGAGAGGCUCUGCCAUAACGGCACUGACAUGUUUCAGAGAAAUACAUUUAAGUCACUAGAUGUAAUGACAGUGGAACAAUGAAUAAAUCAAACCUCUUUGAAAUGUUCUUCUAGCAGGUGGUAAAGACUGGCACUAUGUUUACAGUAUGAGUCUCAGUAAAAUGGGAAAUAUUCCACCCCAACUUCCUUAUUCUACACCCUAGUGGUUGACUGAGUUGUAGGUAUUUGUUGUUCUCCAGUCUGUAUAAAGAUGAUAUAGAGGACUGAGUGAGUAACUACAAAAUUCAAUUUCAAAAAACAUACUCUGAUUAAACUAAGCAAGCAGAAAAAGCUCAGUCCCAUUAGGUGAAAGUAAUCUAUUUUAUACUAAGGGAUAUUGAAUCAGAGCCAUGCUUCAUAUUGAGUGUUUCUGGAAGUAUGUAUUUGUCCUCUGUGAGGGCUUUUAAGAGUACACACGGGGGAGAUCUUGAAAGCUUUACCGUAUCUUUUGUUUCUUUUGCAUCGUACCUUCCUGCCGUACUGGCUUAAAAGCCUUCAAACAAAACACCAGUCAAUGAUCAGUGGGUCACAAUACCAAGACAAGCAUUUCUCUAAAGAACAAGAUGAUUACUGAUCAACAAGUCAACAAGAUACAGCAGAGAUGUUUUGUAAAAUUAGUCUACUUCUCUGUGCUGGCAUUAGAUUGUAUUCCAACUGGACAUGAUUAAUAAAAAAAAUUGGAAAUUGUAUUACCAUAGUUUUGUGUACACUGCCACAUUGCUCAUAUGUAGUUGCACUGGAAUAAAUGA